AAGCAAGGCACAGCAACAAGGCGAGAAUUCAUCGAAGAAGGCUUGGACUUGUUAGUUAGCCAAGUCAGACAUGACGUCCACCAUGUUUGCGUGUCUUGCUUUCUGGUUGGUGCUUUGUUUUUCUUUUAUAAAUGAGUUUGUUGCCAGCAAGAAGGAAAGGAAGCCUCCUAAGUUUGUGUUCGUUGAUGGCGACGUUAUCAUAGGCGGCUUCUCUCCCGUCCAUUUCUCGCCCAUCGGUGACGAAACAGUUCUAGACCCUGACGUUUAUCACUACUGCGAAGGUGAAUUCAACACACGAGGAUUUGAAGCAGUUGAAGCGAUGCUUUUCACAAUGGAUAUGCUAAACCACGGCCAUUUGAAAGACUCUGUACUUCCAAACAUAACCAUCGGAAUGGACAUUAAGGAAACUUGUACAACGGCGGAUCAUGCUCUCAGAGAAUCAUUAAAGUUUUCUUUCAUUAGAGAUGCCAAUACGCAAGAAAAAUGUCCACGACAAAGUGGUAAAUCAAUGACUCGAAAAACAAAAACUGUAGCUGUAGUUGGAGCGGCAUAUAGUGGCGUUUCCAUGGCAGUAACAAACUUAUGUGGGUUGUUCUACGUCCCGCUUGUAAGCUACGCAUCCACAAGUCGCCUGUUAAGCAACAAGGCGCAGUUUCGGUAUUUCUUCAGAACAGUGCCAAGCGAUAUGUUACAAGCACAAGUUAUGGUAGACCUGGUGAGGGCAAUGGACUGGAACUAUGUUGUUACUUUGGCUUCAGACACUGAAUAUGGACGAUCAGGAAUCGAUGCUUUUAAAAACGCUGCUCAAAGAUUGCACGACUAUCAUAUUUGUAUUCCUGUAGACGAAACCUUCACAAAAAUGUCAGASGCAAAAACGUUUGAUAACAUUUUUAAAAAGUUGAUGUCUCAUCCGAGAGCCAAAGUAAUUAUCCUCUUUGCGGAACUUCAAGACGCGCAAAUUUUAAUUGAUAAAWUCCGAGAGCGAGAGAUGGAAGAAAAAUACAUCUGGAUAGGGUCAGAUGCCUGGGCAGACUCCAAAGACAUUCUGAAAUCAAAUGAAGUGAUAUUAAAUAGAAUGUUUGCAAUCGUACCUGAAGUACGGAAAAACGAAGAGUUUGUCCAAUACUUUGUUGACUUUAAUGAAAAGAGAAGGUUGCGAAACCCAUGGACUGAGGAGUACGAGGAUAUCGCCGUCGCUCAUGAUCCGGCAUUUCACCGGCAAACUUUCAUCCCUUACCCUAAAGCACCUUAYGUUAUGGAUGCUGUACUGACUACUGCAUACGCUCUUCACGAUAUGUUGGGUUGUACACCSUACARGAAUUGUCGUCCGAUGAUGUACAAACUUUCAGCACCAAACUUCCAGAAAAAAUAUGUUGAACAUUUAGAGAGGGUGCGCUUUCCCAGUAUGUCACGUGACAUUAUGUACUUUAAUGACGCCGGUGAUGCAAUAGGCAUAUACGACAUAAAACAUCUGAAACUCGUCAAUCAAAAUUAUGAAUAUCUGAAGGUCGGUGAAUGGGGAUCGGGCAAUUGCGACUUUGACGCUUUGAAUAAUUCGUGCUUGAAUCUGRAAAGGCACCUCUUGGAUGAACGUCUUACGAAGCCGACUAACUUGUCGAAAUCUAAUAUUAUUUCUUCAAGAUGUAGUAGAAAUUGUCAUGCAGGCUAUCAUAAAAUUCCCGAGAAAGCCUUUGCCAAGUGCUGUUGGACCUGCAAAAAAUGCACGGGAAACACAGUAUCGAAUACCACAAACAAAGAUGAAUGUGCGAAGUGCCCAAAAGGAUUUUGGCCAAAUUCUUUGCACUCCAAGUGUGAGCUUAUCCAACCACUCCUCAUCAAGUGGACAGACCUCGCUGCUCUCAUUAUUAUUGUCRGUAUUGGGAUUGGGCUUCUGGCUGUACUUGGAACUUUUCUUGUUUUCUUUUUCUAUGGCAACACUCCAGUUGUGAAAGCUUCCAGUCGAGAGCUAUGUUAUGUUCUGUUGUUUGGAAUUGUUUGGUGUUAUGCGACACCGAUACUCUUUCUUAUGGAACCAAGUGAUACAAUUUGUCGGAUCAUACCAUUUGCAACUGGACUGUGUCCAUCUCUGGUCGUUGGRACACUACUCACUAAAACAAAUAGAAUUUCCAGGAUUCUUAACCGUAAGCUUAAUAAGGCUGGUACUGCGGCGUGCCUUUCCAGAAAGUGGCAAAUCUUAAUUGUGAUGUGGAUCGCACUUGCUGAAGUUUUAAUUUGUGGCGUCUACACCCUCUUUAGUGACACAGGCAGAACAGUCAUCACCUUCGAGUCCAGAAACGAAGUGAUUAUUAAGUGUAAACCAAUGCCUGACAUUUGGGUUGCUAUUUGGUGGGCAUACGUUGUAGGCCUAGUUGCAACAUGCACUCAUCAAGCCUUCCUGACAAGAAAGCUACCAGAAAAUUACAACGAAGCCAAGUUCAUCACUUUCACGAUGUUGACAACCUGUAUUGUGGUAAUCAUGUUUAUUCCGACGUACUUUGGUACGAGUGGUGUCUACCGAACUGUCAUCAUUUGUUUUGUAUUCAUAAUCGGAGGUUCGGCAGCACUUGGGUGUAUAUUUGUCCCAAAACUAUAUAUUAUCUUAUGGAGGCCAGAAAAGAACAUUCCAAUGAGACCAAAAUCUCAUUCGGUUCUCUUAGGAACAAUUUCUUCCACAUCUUUCCUUGCAGACACUUUGUCAAAUCAAGAAAUGCGUCGUGAACUAUGCAAAAGAAGAACCUCAUCAACUUUGAGCAGGAGGCAAGCAAUAGCAAGUGAAAUUCUACUCAAAAAAUCCAAAUCCAGCGAGAAGGCSACAGAAUGUGUGUCUUUGUUGAGAGAUGAAGAACUGAAUGACAAAUUCCCACCAUUGACAGAAGCCAAUCUAUUUGACCAUACUUACAUACAAAGAUCAACGUCAUUACCUGGAAAUAUUGGAAACCAGUCCAAAGACAAACCUGCGAGGAUGAUGGGGCGUGAAUACCAGUCAUCCCCACAAAUCAAUUUUGAGAGAAAUGUCCCUACUCGUCUUGACAAAAAAAAUGUUACCACUUGCACUUCUGCACAACAACUGCUUAGAGUUGAUGCAUUAGAUUCCAUGCAUGGAGUUGAUACCGAUAUUGCGUUUGAAGAAGCACGAGGUCUUGAACUAGACCUUUGCACAUGUAUGUCUCAAAAAGAAACUACGGAGCCUUCAAUUGACGACUUUUCGGGUUCAAUGGGCAAAGCACCAGAAACUGAUUUGAAUUAUAAUAGAAAGAGCAGAACUAAGAAGAUAUCUCUUGAAGAGGCGCUUAUCAAUGGUCUCUCCAUGAUGACAUCAAAGGAGACACAUGUCAAUAAUGGCCACGGGGCAGCUUUACUCGACAACCGUAAGCGCUUGAAUGGAAAAAUCCAUGUACAUAACCAGGAAUUGCAGAUCAGAACUUCAUAAAAUUGUCGUUCUAAAAUUUUCAGAAUUCUGCAGUUCACAAAGACUUCUACUUUCAGAUACAGAGCUUAAUCGCCGUUUUACCGGCGACCUAUAUUACUGGUAUAACAAUGAAAGUACAAAAAACGGAGAAGUUCAAUAAAUUAAGAG